AUGCAGAGGGUCUACACGUUCAUUAUCGGCGGCGCAAUUGGUGGAGGAAUAGGCGGUUCGCUAGGAGUCAAGAAGAGCACCAACCCGCAGCCGUCAAUACCAGCUUCGACAACUUCAUCCGCUCCUGUUACAUCCACUUCUGCUACAUCUUCUAGUGAAUCGGGGCGGUCAAUAACAGCUUCGACAACCUCUUCUGCCCCCGUUACAUCCGGCACAAGUGGUAUAGCCGCUAACUCGUGCCCAGGAAUCAAUGAAACUAUCGUCACGGGCUCCACUGGGUCUGCGUUUACGGUUCUCUGUGGCGUUGACUGGCCAAAGGGCGUUCAAGCUAUAAAUGGCAAGGGAAAGGAAUGCAUCGACAGCUGUCUUGGUUCUCACAAGGAUGAUUGCAAAGGCGUCACUUAUUCGGCCAAUUUGACGUCCUCAUUUGAUGGUGGACAGGAUGGAAACUGUUUCUUUAAAGACCAAGCUGGCAUAUACUUUCCAGGGGGUGAUACAAUCAUAUCUGCAGGAGUUAUUGGGGGUUAA